AGCGAUGCAGGGGAGCUCGUGCCAGGCCUCCGCGGCUUUCAAUAUGGCCGACGAGACGAAAAGAUGAUUCAUCGGUCAACGAAAGGGAGAAAGGAAUAGAAAAGGAAAGAAAAUGGGAAAAUCAGUCAUCGCAGAGGAGUCUGUUUCGGACUACGUUGCGUCACUUUAUGGAGCUCGUAAAUGGCAAAUCGGGCUGAUUAUCGGUCAGUUAACAGCUCAAAGAGAUUAUAUUGUGCACCUGGUAAGAACACCAGAGCAGACAAAUGAAGAACAGAAUGAAGAAAAAAGACUGAAGUCUAUAGAUGAUGUUGAUGACAACUGGGCCAUCGAACAUGCGCACCAGGUGUCAAGAAUGUUAACAGGCGGGUUGGAGGUGUUGGGCGUGUUUGUGUUUGGUCCCCCUGAUAUGUUGACCAAAGCCCAAGGCAAGCUGAGGCAGCUUGUAUAUAUGAUAUACAAGAAAACGAGUAUCAAGGUUGAUGCUUUCUUUCACGCUCAAGAGGCAAUUAGCUCAAGAGUUAUUCUUCAAAUUUGUUCUCAGACUAAGAAAAUGACAUGCAAAACACUAGAUGCAUCUGAUCCGAAGGCAACUGUUCAACCGGCAGAGCUCAAAUACCAGGCAUUUACCAGCAAAUGGACAACAUUGCGAACCCAAAUUUUUAUAGAUACAAAAUUUUUAAUCCCUGCAAAGUUAGGAAAAGCUACUCUGCACACUCAAUUAGUGGAAAGUCUAUCUACAACGCUUCAUGGUAUUUCCAAUGGAAUAUGUACAAUUGAUGGUAAAAUCCUCCCCAUGGAACAACAGCUGGUUAUAUCAGAAAAACAGGGGAAGGCAAGUCAUCAUGCCACUAAUAAGUCUGAUGAACCAUUAGCUGUGGAAAUAUUUGUUGAAAUGUCUUCUUGGGGUUCAUGUCCAAAGCCGGUUGCUUCAGAGACUGUAGGAUGUAUGUACAUGCGUGGCAACAUUCAAUGCAGAGCUUAUGUGAAUCAAAAGAGCUCUUGUGGUGAAGCCCUACAGGCAUUGAAGCGUGAUGCAGUGCGAAGUAUGCUGUCAAGAUGUGAGGUGCUCUGUGAGGACAUCUUGGAUGCCCAACAGCAGGAGAAUAAAGCAUCUCUUGAUGGAACAUGGGCGUGCCCCAAGCGAGUGUUUACACCCCUCAAAGGUCCUGUUUGUGUCUGUGAUUACAUGUUUCAAGAUGAGACAACGCAGGACUCUUUCGACCGUUUAUCUGAGCUUAUGGAUGUCACCCCUGACAUAGAAGACAUAGAGAUCUCCGAGAUAAUUCCAGGUGUUGCUCAAGUCGAGGAGAUUAGCAGGAAAUUUAGUGCUGAAAGGGAUAGAUUGACGUCAUCAGGAAAGAACCAAUCAGAAGAAUCGAGUAGUAGUAAGUCAAGUUUUACUGUGAUAGGCUUGCUGGUAGGUGCCGUGUCUGCUUUAGUUGCUGCUGGUGCGGCAUUGUUCUUGGGAGAUCAGAACUAAAUUAGACGGUGGAUUUAAACAGCUUAGUCCCUGGCCUUAUCAACGGGUUUCCUGUGCUCGUAGUAAGCCGUGAGGAGGCCCGGGGUCUGGGCCGAGCUCGCGCACAGAGAAGGUUCCCUGUGGUGUCUUAUCUACCACAGGAAACCCGGUCAGAAUGCCAGUGACAAGGUUGGGCUAGAUUGGUACCGCCAUUGGACGGGAAUAACUCAUAACGCAUUCACCUUUGAUCAAAUCUUAACCAAAAUUUGCGCAAUAAAAAUUAAGUAUACUCAUUAAGAUCAGACUCAGAACACUUGAUUCCUUAGCCUGCUUGCAGACGGUACUCGGUGCAAACGGGCGCCAUAUUGUAUUUUAAGCCGCGUGGUUCUUGGGGGCGAGGGUUCUUUCCCUCUUCUCUUCUUUCCCCCCUGCCCUGCGUCCGUGUUUGCGCUCGCCGCCAGGAACCACGCGGCUUAUAAUACAAGAUGGCGCCCGAUCACCGAACGGAGAGGGUUUUCCGCGAUAAUAACACCAAGUACCGCCUGCAAGCAGGCUAUUGGUUCCUUCGCUCCUGUUUAUCAGCCACGAUAGUAGAAAUAGAAUAAAACCAGCCUUAUCUGUCAUUCUUAUAAUUUAUUGGAGUCAGACAAAUUAUCAUAUAGUUAAUUACCUUAUUAUAGGAAAUUAACGUUGUAGAUAUUAACGUGUAUCAAAUGUACGCGUAUCAAAUUAACGCGAAUAUUUUCGGACAACUCUUCUCAAAACAAGUGAAAUUAACGCGAAUUUGAGCAUAACGUAUUCAGAUAAACUAAAUUAACGCGGAUCCCAAAAGAUAGUAGAAUUUAUUUCUCAAUUUGCUGCUCGGAAAUACUUGUAUUAUGCCGAAAGUGAUGACAAGCCAGACCAAGAAGACAAUUAAACAUUUUGUGAAGCUCCUUAUUAAAAACAGUAUUGUUCAAGAAGUCGUUGAAUUUUGUUUUCGAUUUUUGAUAACAUUCAGUAAUAAUUAAUGUUUACUAAAUUAAGUUUAGCUUAAUUAAUGUAUUUCAAAUUAACAAUACACUUAAUUAAGGUACAUUUAAUUGACGCGGAUUUUUCAAAUACGCGUUAAUUAAGUUGAGCGUUAAUUUCCUAUAAUAAGGUAUUAUAAAGAUAUUUCAGGAAAAACGCAAGAUGUGUAUUCUUUCAAGUAGAUGAUCUGUGAUAUAGACAAUGCUUAAAAAAAACAAUUAAUAAAAAAAACAUAAAACGCCAAAUACGCAUCCUAGGGGACCCAUGGCGACGCGGAGACCGGAAGAAAGAGGGGGGGGGGGGGGGUAGACGUCUAUUCUUUUGUCUUCACGAGGACUCCCGCUUCCGAUCUCCACGUCGACCCGGGUUCCCGAGGAUGCCAAAUACGUCGCACGAGCUUAGUGUUCUGAAAACUUAAGGUCAUUUCCCUGAAAUAAAGCUUGUUGUUGAAUUUCUUUCA